AUGUCCGACGAAGGGCGGCAGUACGAUUCCGGCGAAGAACAUACCGGUGAUGUCGUUAAGGGUAAGCCGAAUGAUAAGAACAUAGCAUCUGAUACUACCAAUGAGCUUCCGGAGGAGACGACCACCUCUGCCGCCGACGGCGGUGACAGUAAAAAUGAUAACAUCGCUUCCACGUCUUCUUCAUUGGGCAAGGGCUUAUCUUACACCAUAUCUACUAUAAUUAGGGAUUUCGAUAGUCAAGCUCAACAGACUUCUCGAAGUCAAGAUCAGCUAUCUUCCUCCAUCGAUCGACUCACCCGCGAAUUGGAUCAACUUCUAGCAGAUGCACCAUCACCUUUCAUUAUGCAGCAUGCUGCAAAAAUAUCUGGUGUUAAAAAACGAGUAUCAUCUCUAAAUUUAGUUUUGAAGUCCAUACAAAGGCGUGUUGACAAUAUUGAUCGAUUGCUCUCAUCUGGCUUGCCUAAAGAUGAAAUAGCUAGUGGAAGUGGAAAUGGAAGUCCUGCAGAACAUUGAUGGAGUUCCAUUUGUUUGAAAGUGAAAGAUGUAGAGGUAGUAAUUAGUAAAUACCUUAUCCUCUAUAUCUACUAUUCAUUUCUUACAUGGCUCAAAUGCAUGUUUGGGAGGUAGCACUGAUAUUUCUAUAAGAGCUAAAAGAAAUACCAAUGUACUUUCAUUUAUUUAUGUAUUAUAGCAUUCUAUUUUCAUUUUUUGGUAGACCAUUGAACUUUCGGUUUUUUCUUCUUACUAAAGCAUUGUACUUUCUAUAUCAUUGUACUUUCACUUUUUUUUUAUUAUGUGGACAUUAUACUUUGAAAAAUUUGUCGUUUAUAGCAGUGGAAGUUGUUUUGUA